AUGGCCAAAUACCCAAGCAAUAAAACGCGCGACAUUAAACCGAUUAAGGAGCGACUAACGGUGCCAUGGGGUAUCGGUAUCAACGAAAAAGACUUUGAAAAGCUUAUAACCGGGUACGAAACCGUCGAUAUGGACGGACAAUGGGACGUGCUGGUUGAAAAUCCCGACAAAGACGACAAUUCUAUUAUCUCUGUUCAUUUUGUGCGGAGUUGGACCGGCCAUGACAUUUACAUCCUUCAUUUACACAAUCCAGACCCCAAAAAUGGGGCUAAAGUCCAUAGCAUUACCUGGGAGGGGAAUAAAAACGGCGUCCGUAUUGAUGCGGAACAGGCGCAAAAAGAGGCAGUGCUUUUGGCUAGGGAUUUGCUGAAGUGCGAAUUCGACGAACUUCCACAUUACGAUUUUAACGAGGUUUAUAACCAUCCUGCUUAUUCUAGAAAACAGCAGAAGCAGAGAAAGGCCAGCGGCUAA